GCCCCACGGCAGCGGAUGUAGCAGCAGCAGUCUACAGUACAUCGGCAACCAUGUAGCGCCGAGAGCAGAAAUAUCUUCUCCAGACGAGCAAAAUAAUCAUGUCCUCAUGUUCAUUGGUGUCGUCAUAACGUAAUGGUGGACCAAAAUGUGUUUGUGAAGAUAUCUGGACGCUCGGACGGAAACUGCGAGGCGAGGGAGUCGAGUGUGAAACCGAAGCCUGUUAACAUACACUGUCUUCCUUCGCCUGGACGUUAGUGAGGAGACGCUGGGCUGCUCUUCUGAUUCAUUAGCCCACCUCGGCGUGUUAUCAGCCCUUUAAAUGAGUCCACUUGUGCGGCUAAGCGUGCUGGAGACUCGGGGAAAGGGCGUGUGACGCUAACGGAUACCCAGGGUUUGUAGUUUGCACCAGGUCUGGCUAUCCGCGUUACCGCCCCGUUUUUUCCUCUCGUGUAACGCAGGCAGCACGGCCGGUUGGAGGCUGGAGACACAGUUUCAGGGGUUUGGACUAUAACAUAAAGCUGCCCACACCAUGGGGAAUACAACCUCCUGCUGCGUGUCCUCGAGCCCCAAACACCGGAGGAACAACCACUCCAGGCUCGAGCCCUACCGGCCGGAGCCGGAGCUGAGCCGGGAGGACACGGGCUGCAACCUCCAGCACAUCAGCGACAGAGAAAAUCUAGACGAUCUGCCGAUGGAGUACAAUCCCUCAGAUCAUCCCCGGGCCAGCACCAUCUUCCUCAGCAAGUCACAGACUGACGUUGCAGUGCCCAACAAGAGAGUUCGAGAAAAGCGGAAGAGCCUUUACAUCAACCAUUUCACACACAUUUCGGAGAACAAGCAUCAUCCAGGCCCAGUGAGACGGAAGUACAGCUCCUGUUCCACCAUAUUCCUCGACGACAGCACUGUCAGUCAGCCCAACCUCAAAUACACCAUCAAAUGUGUAGCCCUCGCAAUAUACUACCACAUAAAGAACAGAGACAUCGACGGAAGAAUGUUGCUAGAUAUUUUCGAUGAGAAACUGCACCCGCUCUCGAAGUCUGAAAUUCCUCCUGAUUAUGACAAACACGACCCUGAGCAGAAGCAGAUCUACCGCUUCGUCAGGACGCUGUUCAGCGCCGCACAGCUCACCGCCGAGUGUGCCAUUGUCACGUUGGUGUAUUUAGAGAGGCUCUUGACGUACGCUGAGAUCGACAUCUGCCCUGCCAACUGGAAGCGUAUCGUGCUAGGAGCAAUCCUCCUGGCAUCUAAGGUGUGGGACGACCAGGCGGUCUGGAACGUGGACUACUGCCAAAUUCUCAAGGAUAUCACUGUGGAGGACAUGAAUGAGCUGGAGCGUCAGUUCCUGGAGCUGCUGCAGUUCAACAUCAACGUGCCGUCCAGCGUCUACGCCAAGUAUUACUUCGACCUGCGCUCCCUGGCUGAGGCCAACAACCUCAGCUUCCCUCUGGAGCCCCUCAGCAGAGACAAGGCCCAGAAACUAGAGGCCAUCUCACGGUUGUGUGACGACAAAUACAAGGACUUGAGGAAACAAGCGAAGAAGCGGUCAGUGAGCGCAGACAACCUGACGGUGGUGCGGUGGUGUCCGGCCAUCAUUUCCUAACACUGGCCGCCUGCAGCACAGAGACAGACCUGUCAGACAUACUGUACUGUAAUUCUGCCUGGUAAGCGGGCACACCAGGUGGGCAGCAGUCCUGUGGAUCAGCACACACACACAUACACACAUAUACACACAAGCGGGCACUUUUACAAGUGUGAUUGCACCCUCUCUGGUUGUACAUAAAAGAAGUCCCACUGGCUGCCUGCACUGAACCAAACAGAGCUGAGCUGAACCAAACUGAAGUGUGUGAGUGAACGUCUUGUGAAUGCAGAAGAGGAGGCCGAACUACAGAAGAAGAAACACAGCUGGCAAUAUGAGAGACUGUGUGAAGUUGGGGAAAAAAAUAGGAACAAGCUUAAUGCGAGAAGCGACAGACGGUAGCGACAACAGCGUUCCACAAUUCCCUCUUAGGCUCCGCUGGCUUGUACGGUCGAUCGAGGGAAGCCGUGUACAUUCCUUUAAUUUUUAACCUUCUGACUCAGUCACUUUCUUAGCUGAAGCAUGAGAUGAUUUUUUUGACAGCUUACAGGCACAUUUGAAUUUUUAAAAUGCUCAAAUCCUCGAUUUGUUUCAGUGUUUUGUUGGUGUUUAUCUGUUCCUUUGCAUUCCCAUGCAGCAGAAAGCUCUGCCGGCAGAUCCAAGCGAAGACGUGUACAUUCCACCGCUACCUUGAGUGUACAGUUCGAUUCGACUGGACCACAUAUCGUCGCAUCCAUUUACACUGUGGCCAUUUAAUUGAAGUUUUCAUUCGGAGAGCUAACAUUGAAAACGCAAGUCGGUGUUUAGCUCAGGGGCGCUUUGGCAGGACCUGGGAAUUAAACGUGUACUAUGUUCUCACAGCGAGGCCAUCCAGCCGCCGUUCAGACACUCACUUAAAGCAAUAUCCAUGCAUCGCUCUGUUGUUGUGAUCGAAUACGAUGAAGCAUGCAUACUUGGGAGAAGACUCGACCGGAAGACAGUGGUCCACUACUCUCAGUCAGACGUGAGACAUACUGUAGAGCUUUUGUUGUACUUAAUUCACUGCCAUUGUCCUGACCUGUGGUGCCUGUAAUAAGCUACGUUAACACCUCUCCCCUUUCUACUGGAGGAAUAGAACAAAUAAUUGAAGUAUUUUUUUUUUCCUUUAACAUUUUUGUAUGGUUCUUCCAGCUUACAAAGAAACAGCACAAAUGGACCAUUGACAUUUAGGUGCCACUAAACGCAUGACUCUUCAGGGUUGUUUUGUGUUGUUCUGAGAGGAGCGGAACGAAUGAGGAAGCAUUAAAGUGACGAUUCAAACACUGCUCACGAAAAGAUCGAUUGUAUACAUUUUGCUAAAUUGUCUCUGUACAGUGUAAAUACAGCGCAGGUGUGCAGAUCUGUAGACUGAGGUCGUACUGUAAAAAAAAAACAAAACAGAAUGAUGUUAGAAGAUUUAUAUUGGGUCAGUUUUUACUGUACAUGACGGGGAUGGUAAAUAUGUCGGAUUCUUGUUCCUAUGACAAAUCAAGUAAAGACAAAGUAUUAAGAUUUAAAAUGGGAGACACCACUUAAGAGUUUUUGUCUGUUCUCUUGUUACGAUGUUUUCACACUGCAGAAAAUGCCAAGUUUUUUUAUGUGUUACAUACUGUAUAUGGUAUAUAGAUAAUACGAGACAAUUCAGCCUUGUUUUAUUAUUUGUUGUCAUUUUUAAUUUUUUUUUACCCCAGUCUGUGGAAGCAUUGCCAGAUUCAUGUGUUCAACGAUGCCUGUGUUUAUACGGAGCCUCGUAACUGGGAAAUGAUAGGAAAAGGUGAUCAGGCAAGUCAAAAAUACAUCAAUGAAUAUUUUUGUUGAUGAAAUAAUUACAAUUGAGCUUUUGGAAAAACCUUUAAAGCUUUGACAGUUUCCUUCGAUUGAUGAAGUAGAUUAAAAUUUAAUUUGUUUUUGGUUUUGGCACACAUUCAGUCAGUUAAAUGUUCCAGUUUUACCAACAUCUCUCUUAUAAUGGUGGUCUAUUGGGAAAUUGCUGCUUAAGUACUGCAAGAGGCUACUGGGACAAACUGGCAGCAUGGCUGAGUAGCAGCUGGGUAUCAAGCUCUCUUAAUUCAUUCAUGGUUUAGCCAUUCGUGUUUUCAGUUUAGCUACCUAGCUACACAGUUGUUUAGAUUAGACUGAUAAUAACGACAGAUGACGUUUCUCUCAUUUGCAAAAAUGAAGCCAAAGUAUUCCUGAUAUGGGCGCUGCCAUCUUGUGCUGGUGACGUCAUUUGGAGACAGAGUAUGCGCAGUAGCAAUCGGGAUGUGGAGCCAUGGUAUCAAGUUGAAAAUUAAAAAUUGAAUUUCCCCUCGGGGAUUAAUAAAGUAUAUUAAAAAAAAGUUCCUGCCACACACCCAUCCGACCCAGUCGCAAGCGGCGCCAUUGAUUGGGAACACACCGGUUGACACACACAGCUGUCAGUCAUGAUGCCACACCCCCUUUGCAUUGCAUCAGAUAACUAGUUGAAACCAAACUUGAGAAAAAGGAACACUUCAACAUAGGUUAGCAUAAUAAGAACUACCUAAAAUGGCAGAAAACAUCUUUGCGAAAAAUAUUUGACUUAUUAGUUUGGCCCAUGUCCCAUUCCCUCACAUGCAGGGGGCAGGGUUUAUGAUCUAUACUGCAGCCAGCCACCAGGGGGCGAUUGAGAUGUUUUGGCUUCACUUUUGGGGAGCUGUCAUGUCAUCUAUCUUUAUAUACAGUCACUGGAUCUUACACACACAGGCACAAGCAUACAAAUGCUGGACCAGUCACAUGCUGUGGACAUACACAGUCAAGAACAUCUUCUUUUCUGCAUCAUGAAAAUAAAAUACAGUGAAAUAAGUGGGAGAUGUUGUGUAGAAAAAAUAGAGAGCAGAAAAAUGAUUAAAUGUAUGCCGAGACCAAACAACUGGAAAAUGAUUUGGUGAAAGAUAAUAAAUAAAGUGUCAAUCAACUGAGGUUAGAAGAAAGUCCUCAAACUUUAUAUUUCUUUUUAUCUAACUAACAAUACUACUGUAUUUUUGACUUUUCUGAUCUCCUUUUACAAAGUUUUGUCAGUUUUGGGGCUCCACACUUGUUGUAUUUACUGGAAAUCAGCGAAACUAUCAUAAGCAUUUUUCUCAUGAACAAAUCACCUCCUGAUUUGCUCCUUUCUUGACAUUUCUCAAAUCAGAACAAGGAAAAUGUACAGGGAUGUCGUUGAAAGUAAACCUAUAAAAUCAC